CGUCUGCCUGUUUCUACACCUGUUUCCCCGGAAACAGGAGAGCCGCAGAGCAAAACAGGGAGGCAGAGCCGCCGCCGUUGAUCCCUGUCCUUUCCGAUCCAGAACCCAAGCCUCCCCGUCUACCGGAGCUCUCCCAGAUGGCGGUGAGCUCGCGGGUGCCCUCCCAACCCGCGGCGCGGGGCCUCCUGCGCCGCACCCCGCCGCGCAUCCUCCCCGUCGAGCGCGCGCCGCGCCGCCUCGCCCUGGGCGUCCGCGCCGUCUCCGGGGGCCCCGGGCCGGGUGGAUCGCCCGUUCCCAGGCGGUCCCCGGCUCCGGCGGACGCCGCGGCCGUGGCGCCGACCUCCGCGCCGUCGUCGGCCGCCUCGGCCAUCGAUUUCCUCACCCUCUGUCAUCGCCUCAAGACCACUAAAAGGAAAGGAUGGAUAAAUCAUAGCAUCAAGGGGCCUGAGUCUAUUGCUGAUCACAUGUACCGUAUGGCCUUAAUGGCUCUGAUUGCUGGUGACCUGCCUGCUGUGGAUCGAGAAAGGUGCAUCAAAAUUGCUAUUGUGCAUGACAUUGCUGAAGCUAUUGUUGGUGACAUUACCCCAUCGGAUGGUAUACCUAAGGCUGAAAAAAGUCGGCGUGAACAAGCUGCUCUGGAUGAAAUGUGUGAAGUUCUUGGUGGUGGUCCAAUAGCUGAUGAGAUUAAGGAACUGUGGGAAGAAUAUGAAAACAAUUCUUCUAUUGAAGCCAAUCUUGUGAAAGAUUUUGAUAAAGUGGAAAUGAUUCUUCAAGCGUUAGAAUAUGAGAAAGAACAUGGCAAAGUGCUAGAUGAAUUCUUUCUCUCCACUGCUGGCAAGUUCCAGACAGAGAUCGGUAAGAGCUGGGCUGCUGAAGUAAAUGCCAGGAGAAAGGAGGGAUGCGGGAAGCAGAAGUAGGAGCUUCUGAUCGCCUUCAUAGAACUUUCACGGAUACAUGUCGUCGCGAUGAGGGGUGGUGUGACCAACUGGUGACUGGAGAGUUUAAAACCCCCCCCGAGUCACUCUCCAUAAGCCAACUUCAACAGUGGCACCUAACUGAUUACCAUGGCAGUCCAGCUUUAGUAAGGAAUAACGGGAGGGGUAUGGAGGAAAAAUCUACCAAUGUUAGUUUGGUUAGAGCUGAAAUGUCCGAAAUUGCAAGACUUGUGGUAGCAACAGUGUAAUGUUUCGUUCUAGCUUGGGAUCCAGCGAGGGAUAAUAUACGUUUUUUUGGUUAACCCAGGGAAUAAUGAAAAGGUGAUGGUGUUUGCCCCUUCCCA